CUUAGCUUCAAGCACAGGCUGGCAGGGUUGGGGAUGACACUUUGAUUUACGUGCCCAAACGCUCUGUGCUUUUCGCUGCAAGCCGAACGGCGUCAACUCCUCCUUAGCACUGCCAGUCGGGACACAGAUAGUUACGGCGGUAUCCCAGAUAUACGCCUAAAUAAAGGAAUGGUUGUCGACAGCAGCGACGACGGCGACAUCUGGGCCGACAGCAGCGACGAUGGACGGCCGGACCACCGCGAGCUCAACCGCGAAGCGGAAGCCCGUCACCAACAGUUCUACAACGCCGGCUACCGCGAAGGUCUCGACGAAGGAAAGGAACAAACUCUGCAAGAAGGCUUUAACACAGGAUUUCACGAAGGAGCGGCUGCAGGUUUCGAGUGGGGUCUAAUCCGGGGCGCCAUCCAGACACUUUCCCUGCUGGAGGGUCGCGGCGCUGCCAGCAGCAGCAGCAGCAGCCCAGCAAAGCCCAGCUCCUCCCCGCACCCUACGGACGGGCAGGCUCACAUCCAGCGGCUGCAGCAGCUGCUGCAACCCCACAGCCAGGAGAUCCGGCAGCUCCGUGCGGCCGCCUGCUCCUCCUCCCUGCCUCCCCGCACAGCCAUGCUAGGGCUGUUCAAACAGCUGCUGGCUGCUGAACCGCUGCAACACCCCUUGUUGCUGCGGCUAGCUGAGGAGGAGCAGCAGCAGGGGCGGCAACAAGAGCGGGAAGGGCAGCAGCAACCGCUGCAGGCGGAGCAGGAUGCGGGGCAACAGCGACCAGGACGGCCUGAGCAGGAGGCCACGGGCGCCAGAACCGCCAGCAGCACCGCGACGACGGCCCCAGCUGCCUGCUGUGGCGGUCAGGGUGGGGCUAGGGGCGAGCCUAGCAGCGAGGGCUGCUGCAACGGCCGGGGUGGUGAUGCUGGUGGUGCUGUUGCGGACCUGGCACAGGAGUUUGGGGCGCUCAGAGCGGAGGAGCGGGGGGCAGCAGCAGAUGGAGCGCAGGCGAGUCGUGAGGAGGAGGAAGAGACAGGGGCUGCGGCGCCCGUCGCGCCCCCCCUCGCACCCCCCUCCUCCUCCUCGCUGCCGCCUGACGCGGCUGCCCUGGACCUGCCGGACAUGCCGCAUCUCAUGUGGGAGCUCCGGAGGCGGUUGCGGCAGCUGGGGCUCGAACCCGGGACUGCGCCCGCACUGCCGCCGGCAGCAGCGGCGGCAGCAGCCCACAACCGCAGCAGCUGAGAGGUGUACAGUUAGCCGCAGGAGGGGGGGGAGGGCGGCGGCGUGAGCAGGGGAGCAGCGUGAUGGGUUUUUCAUGGCGACUUUGCGAGGUACCGGUAGCGGCCGGGUAGCGGGUAAUACCGGUAACCUGGGAAGAACACGAUGAGGAGCUGGGGUUCGCAUGUUUGGGGAUACGGCUGUGUCACUGUCACGGGGAGUGGGGGCUGAAAAGGAUGUCGAGGCCCUCGCUUUUGGAGCAGCUUGGAGACGGCUGGGACGGCGUGCGGUUUGCAGAGUAGGGCUGAAAGUGAAGGGUUGUGAAAGACGUAACUGGAGUGCGGACUUGCGGUCAGGAUAUCAUUGGCCCAGACAUACGUUAUCAGCAUCUGUGCUGGCAUGCUAGCAGGUCUUGUGGUGGUGGUGGUGGGAAGCGUCCGCUUUCCCUUUUGCUAUCUGGUUUGGGACCACAAUAAUAGUCGUUCAUUCAGAUACAAUUGUAGCGUUGAAGAGAACAACUAAACCAUCGGAUAGUUAAAAGGGCGCUGACCAUUGUUGCGGUCUUUGUUGUAUAUAGGCUCAGCAUGGCCAUGGGUCCACACCGCCCUGGCGGCCAGGCAGGAUGCUGACUGGACAGGACAGACGUACACAGCAGAAGGCCGUUAAGGCCAUGGAUUCAGGAAACAACCAAACACACGACAGAGUGCGGUUUCAAUUGCAAUUGUGAUGGG